AUGGAGGCCAAGUACACCUACUCCUAUUUCCAGGUCUCUAAGACCGAGGGUUUCCAUGAUUCCGCUCAGAAAUACCGUGAUCUCCGUCUAAGGGCCCUGAAGGCCUCGCCUGGUUCUUUUGCAUCCACUUACGAAGUCGAAGCCAUCUUCACAGAAGCCGAUUGGAUUGAUCGCGUGACCCUUCCCUAUCGUGAAGUCUUCAUCUGUGCUGCCACCCCAGUUUACCCCAGUCAGGCCCGGACCGGUCCAUCCGAAUGGAUCGGUCAGGUCACUCUCCGGGGCCCGCUGUCCAAAGACGACUUCACACUCCCAGCUGAAUCUGGACAACCGCCUCAAAAGCCCGACAAUGAAGAGGAGCACUGGCAAAUGCUAAGUCUGUUUACCCUUCCCGAGCAUCGUGGUCAUGGGCUAGGUAGAAAUUUGUGUCAGAAGGCGCUCGACUAUCUUCGAAACUAUCAAGCCUCGCCUCCAAGCGUUCAAGUACGUCUCAUGGUUAAGCCAGAGAACCAUGCCACGGUUAGACUAUAUGAACGGCUUGGAUUCAUUGAAUCGGGAAAAUGCACUCUUGCCGAGGCUCUCAUUGCAAAUGGAGAUGGGCAUCUCUUACCCGAGGAUACAAGCUCUGCAAAAUACACGAUUCGAGCGGGAUUGAUCAUGAGUUUUCACAUAUCGCGCCCUUGA